AUGUUGAAAUCGUCAGGGAAACUGACCAAGGGUCGGAGAAAACAUCCCUCCUCGCAGCCCUCCGACCUCUUCUGUGAACAACCCUCAAUAGUUAACGAAGUUUCGCCGCGUAUCGCUACCACCGCGACUACCGCGACGCAAACAGAACUCGCGUUCGACGAGGAUCCGUUCUACUAUUCGGAAGUAGAAGAACUUUACCAAGACAAUAACCGCGAGUGCAACGCUGUACGCGAAAGAACCUUGCCGCGUCAAGUGUACCUCGACGAAAAGACUAAAGAAGCCCUUAUCGACACCAGUGCACAGGACAACUACGUGCGUGCCGAUCAAGUGCCCAUUGACAAUAAGCCCAUCGUGCGCGAAAUGGAGCUCGCUUGUGCCGCAAAGACAAUACCGGAAAAAGACUUUCCAGAUGUCAAUAACUUGCUGCCACCCGAGGCACCACUAAAUAAAAAUCAAAACGCCGUUAAGCAAAUUCCUUGCCAAAAUGUAUUUGACGAGAUCAAGCAAGCCGCUUCUCGAUCAUUUGUGCUGCAUCGCCCGGACUACAGUAAACCGUUUACUCUGCAAAAUGACGCAAGCCAAACUGGACUUGGCGCCGUAUUAUUCCAAACCGAUGAUAACGAAGUUAAGAAGAUUAUCUCCUACGCCAGUGCGACGUUGACGAGUACUGAACAGAAGUACCACAUCAACGAGAUAGAGACCCUAGCUGUUGUAUGGGCCAUCAAGAAGUAUACGCAUUACUUAGAGGACUUACCCUUUAUUCUGCGGACGGACAGUCGCUCUCUGCUAUGGUUGGAGAAGAAUAAAGAUGGUAAAAGCAAAUUUACUCGAUGGUCGCUCUUGUUACAAACCUACAAGUUUCAUCUCGAACACUGCCCUGGGAAAAGCAAUCAACUUCGAGAUUAUCUAAGUCGUUAUCCGGAAGCUACCUUAGAAAAAUACCUCCCCGACGUAGAUCAAUUGUUACCACCGGAAAAACGGAAAGUAAAUCAAAUCGCCGCCAAGCAGAUAAAAUGUUUAGACAUUUCCCCCACGCUUCGUGAAGCCCAGGAAGAGGAAUAUCUGAAGAACUGUCUAGUCUGCGCAAGGAAGAAAGCUAACCAAUUUAAGGCACCCGUGCCAAAGAAACCACAAAUUUCGCCGGGACCUUUCCUAAUAAAAAAUCUCAACCCUUAG